AUGGCUCGCAGACCUCCCGCCUCCGGCAGUAGCGUUCUGCCCCAACAGACUCGUCAGAACGAAUACUUCGUACCUAGAGACGGCAUAGACCGCGAGGUCAUCACCGCCGACAUCUGCCGCUAUCUCGGUAACGAUGCGCUAGUACGACCGGGAAACUACGAGAACCCCGAGAAUGGACAGAUUAUACAAGGGUACUUCAUCAACGCAUACCGUAAUCUGACAUCAGCAAUGAUCCAAGAUUUAAAGGCGGAUUCCGCCCGGUGGGAUCAAGAAAGGCGGCAGCAGUCGGCAAAUCGCAGUAAUGCCGGCGGAGGUACUAUUGCCUCGAACGGCGUGUAUAUCAGAUCCUCUAACACACCUCCAGUCCAGUAUCGCAAUUCAGAUAUACAUCAGUUGAGACAGCACUAUGGCCCAACGGACAAUUCUUAUUCUGGAAAUCCUGGUAGCGACCCGUAUGACAAUGGUCCUAGGUAUCCAGGAAGUGGUACCGGCCCUUAUAAUGGAGCCGCCAGUUCAUAUCCGCAAUAUGCAGCAACACAGGGUGGGUAUACUCAACAAGGCUACACUGCCAAUACGGCUCAGUUUCAGGCGCCACCAGGAAACGUGGCUCCCUACACAGCAUCUCCAGGAUACGUACAGACCGCCCAGGAUCCCCCGUACAAUAUCGUCGGAGCAAAUCUUCGUGCAGGUACACAAACCCAGGCAGAUCCUUAUGUCAAUGAUCCUUAUGGAGGGCCCAGAGACCCAAGAGGUGAUCCCAGGGACCAAAGAAUACCCGUGACUAGUACUAUGGCACCCGCCAGGACUACUUAUCCAACAGCAGGGCCCCCAUCUAACCAAGCAUUUGGCACCGGACAAAACACGAGUUAUUACCCUCAAAGUGCACCAUCAACCAGUGCACCCUACUCCCCAGCAGUGCAGCCUGGGGACCCAUUCUACGGACGUGCUCGUUCUGAUUAUUUAGCAUCUCCAGCAGGCACGUCCUCGUACAGUGCCGCGCCAGAUCAACAGUAUGAGAGCACCCCCGCCCAUAAACGUACAGGAUCAGCACAGAAUGCUCAACUGCCUCCUAGUGGAUCAUCGCGACACCGUAGCGACCGGGAAAGCGUUGAGCGUCAUGUUGAACGCAGAACCCACCGCCCCGGCCGGUAA